UUAACAAAGCGCCAGUGAACCGUCUUUGAUGUCUGGACAAGCCAAGAGAAACAGCAGUAGCAACAGCAAUGAUUCCUUACUUGAACAUAGUUUGUCACUAGAUUCGAGUGUAAUUAUCACAGGAUAUGAAAAGCCCUGGCUUGAUAGAUCUGCUAUUUGUUUGGACGCAGGGUCGGAUACAGAUCAUACGAACAUAGAGAACAACGAAACAGCUCUUGAAUGCAACUUAAACAUACGAGGAAAUCAAGAACAAGAUAAUGGGAAAAGGCGGUCAUCAUUGAUGUCUAUAAAGAACGAUUCUGGUAUUGAAAAUAGUAUGACAAUAGAUAAAAGUAUAAUCAUUACCCAGUACGAGAAACCUUGGGCUGACAGAUCUGCCAUUGACCUUGAACCUGGUUCUUUUUCUGAACAAUGUGUUGAUAAAACAACUGAGUCAAACACUACUGAAAAGGAAAAUAUAGAACUCCACCCUGAUAGGUCUUCUCAAGGUCAUUCAGACGUACAGCAAAGAGCACGUGAUCAUGAGAGAAGAAAAACCCGUAAACACAAAAUUCAAGACAAUGAAAAUGACAAAAAACAAAAAAGAAGCAAUAGAAAAAGUAAAGAACGAUCAAGAAGUAACACACCCGUUCAUCGCACAAGACGAAAACCACGCAGAUAUCGAUCAAGAAGCAGUGAAACAAAACAUCGAUCCAGAAGCAGGACACCAAUGUAUCGCACAAGACGUCAAACUAGUAGAUAUCGAUCAAGAAGCAAUGAAACAAAACAUCGAUCCAGAAGCAAGACACCAAUGUAUCGUACAAGGCGCAAAACUAGAAGUUACCAAUCAAGAAGCAAUGAAACAAUACAAAGAGCAAGAAGUAAGACACCAAUCCGACGUUCUAAACGCAAAAAGCGCAGAUGACGUUUCGAAAGCCAAACAUCAGGUCAGCGAUCAUUGACAUUGGACGCAAGACAUCCACACGAAGGAAAUAAACUGACAAAAGCGUAGUUUAACAAUCAAAGUUAUGGUGGAGUUAUCAGUAGUACGACAUUAUUGAAGUGUUGUUAGUAUGUCGUAUUGCAGCACAUGAACUAUUUUAAGAUGUUGUUUUUUCUGGGAAUAAAUGCAAUAACCUAGCAUAAUGAUU